AUGGUUUUACUUGGUUCAGUGCUCUUUGGCAUAUAGGCGCUUCGCUUCUGGGCUGCCUCUCCUCCUGCCAGAGAAGUACAAGCUGCAUUGCUUUAACUCACCUCUGAUGACACUGCUGCAGAGAAGGCUGCAGAUCUGGCUCUUUGCCAGAUCAAUGCUGACAGAAAAGAGGGCUACAUACUCAGCCUGUACUGAAUUUUCAGUGUCCAAGAACAUCCUCAGGAGAUCACUGGUUCUGUCUUCUAUCUCAUCUUGGAUGUAGUAGAUACCGAAUGUUACGUAUUCAGCAAAAAGGUGUGGAAAAAUUGUAUGGCCAGAUUUGAUCAUACAACUGUUUAUGGUCAAUGCAAAGCAAUUAUUUACAUUAAUCAGGCAAGAAAUUUUGCUCAUCUGAAUACUUAUGAGUGCAUUUUACAACCAGUUCCACCUAGAUAUAUUUGGACAGUAUGUCCUGACUGCCCAGUUGAUGACAAUCCAACUGAGCCCAAAUAUUUGGAAGCUGCUGUUCAAAGCCUUGCCAAGUUCAAUGUAAAGAGUGAAAAAACUCAUUAUUUCUCUGUCGUCAAUGUCACAAGAGCUUCAAUGCAAUGGGUUGAAGGUCCUGCAUAUUUUGUAGAAUUUUUAAUUCAGGAAACAUCCUGUUCCAAAAAUGACAUCUCCAAGUGCAAGCCACUUUCAUCAGAACUAGCUCAAAUAGGCUUCUGCAAAGGCUCUGUAGUAAACAGUCACUUGGAACAGGAACAGUUUGUCACAAUAUCCUGUGAAAUUUACCAUCUGCAGGAUCCUGCCACUGAAGAGAAACAGCAAGCUAACUAGACACCUGUAAAAUCCAGCCAGGAUCAUCAACAAGCUUUCCCUUCAGAAACUGAUCCUUUCUCCCCACACUUAGAAAAAACAGUGGGCUGGGUUAAGAUUCUACCACUUUCAACUGAGGAGGUCUCUUUCAAAAAUCUACCAAGAAGUCAAAAUAAACAUAAAGAUGGAAAGCCAGCUCCACCUGAGGCUGUAGGACAUACGCCCAGUCUCAAUGGAGAAAAGACUCGAGCAGACAAACCAGGCAUGACCAAACCAGUUACUGGACCAGUUAUUCUCCUUUUUCCUGAAUCAGUUUCUCUAUCAGACUCAUGCCCAGGAGAAGCAAGGAAGAUAAAUUCCUUCCUCCAGCCUUUGUUGCCUCAAAAGCCUACCAAAGUGCAGCCAGCAUUCAAUCACCUCAACUAUCUGCAACAAAAUAAUAGCCACAAUUGCCAACCUGGUCUUUGAAUUUGUGUAACAUCUUUAAAUAAAUAAAUUGCUUAUUAUAGUCUUCA